GGGAGUAGAUUGUGGGAUAGAAAAAGAACAGGCAGACACAAAGCAAUCUAUCAAUUCUGUUAUGCACUCAUGUUUCAUUUUUCUGGUGACAGAUUGUUGUUUCGUCUUAUAUUUUAUUUUAUUUAAAUAAAAUACUCCAGCCAAUUACAUGAAAUCGACCUUGCUACAUACCGGUUCCACAGCAUAUGAGAUAAGUUCAUGACCAUAUUAGACGGAUUAUGAUUUUUCUUAUUUAUUUCAUGUUUAUAAAUAGUUAUGACAUGAUUUAUGGAAGUUUAAAGCAAUACGAAGAUUGUAUGAAGUCAGUGAGCAAAGUGGAUUUUUGUGUCCAGCAUUUUAGCACAGGAAAAGCGGAGUUGGUGCGUCGAAAUAUAACAGAAGACAUAUUUAUCUUAACUUUAAAGAAGAUUCUUCUGGAAAGAAUGGGUUUGAAAAAGGAGCCAAGUUUUAGCGUGAAACUUUCCAGCAAAGAACGGGAAUAUGUUAAAAACGUUACCAUGGAAAUAGAACUUGAAAAAAAGAAACGGAAUUUAAAAGGACAAAAAAUGGAAAUUAUUUAUCCUGUGCUUAGAACUGACACAUCACGGACUGGCGCAAGAAGAAUUUUGUUUUGGUUACCUGAUUGUUUCCACAGCAAGUGUCGUAUUGAAAUUGGAAAACUAAGAACAGUGAUCCGUGUGAAAUACGCCAUGUUGAAACUACCAUCGAAGGUUCAACUCGACCUUCAUCUUGUCAAUCAAAAAGAAAAGAAAGUUUUAUUUCUCACUUCUCUCACUUUUAAGUCGAGCAAACAUUCACUUCUAAAAACAUUCAAUCUUGAUAACGUCAUGAAAAAAAUAAAGUCAUACACUGGAAGAACGGGUAUAAUAAUUGAUUGUAAAAACUGCAAUUGGCAUUAUAUGACGCCAGCUAUACAGGCCUUACGCUAUGGAAGACAAAAAUCUUCGUUAACUAUUCUAUGGAAAAAACAAGAAGCUGAUACAAGGAGACAUUCAAGAGGUCAUACAUGUCACAGUUGCUGUCAACUACGAACUAAAAUAGUCCAACUAAAAGAUAUAGGCUGGGACAACUGGGUCUUACUACCGUAUGUUGUGGAAUUUGGAUAUUGUUAUGGAAAAUGUUCGGAUGAUAGCGUUUAUCACACAGAUAAUUCGAUUUUAGCAAGAAAACUUGCAACACAGCCAGAUUUCACAUCAUGUUGUGUACCUGCAAGUUAUUCAACUGUAAAAAUAACGUUUAUGAGAGACAAAACGACAAUAGAAGAAGCGGAGUUGGAGACGUUAUCGGCGCAAACCUGCGCAUGUAUGUAGAAAAACUUCCGCAUGUUUGUAGAUGAAAAAUUGCGAAUGUAUGUAGCAAAAAAUGAAAAGUGUUUUUCUUAAUAAAAAUAAAUCAGAAGGAAACACAGGUUUACGGGAACGGAGGUUUGUUUCCAACAGUUAUUUACAGAAACAUAUAAUAAAAACU